AUGCUGCAAGUACUGUACGCGGUCGUGCUGUGGGGCUUGGGCUAUCUGGCUCUGGUAUGGCUGCUUCCGAAGGUGAUCGGCUACGUGCUGAAGAAACUGUACAACAUCGAGAUCAAUGUCGGGCGCUUCAGUCUGCCGUUUUCGUUGCGCGAUGUGAACGUCUGCAAGAGCGGGUUUUCGGUGCAAAUCGACGAAAUCGGGCUGCAGAGUAGCUUCGUCAACUCGGACGUGACGAAACUGCUGUCGAUCAAUGUGCGCGAUGUGCGUAUCAACAAGGACAUCAACAAAGUGCCACUCACAAGUGGCCCGGGAGGUGGCACGUCUCCACUGUCCAGGGGAGGCAACAAUGACGCACGCGGUGGGGCCACGCCACGCAGAGACACAACGGGAAACGGGCCACAGAGCGAGCGGAAAAUAUUGGACUUCCGGGAGAAGCGAGUGUCACCGCGCGUCCUAAAGUUCGCCCAGUUUAUGGCCGUACACAUCAACAACGUGUCGGUGGCGCUGCUGAAUAGUGCCCAGGAGCCGGGCUGGCUACUGCAUGCGACGGCCAAAGAACUGCACCUGGACGGUAGCCUGGUGCACAGCACAAAGUCACUGCUCGUCUCGGCGUCGCUGUGUGAUGCACAGGCGAAAAUCUUGCGCCACUGUUUGUCCACCCCGAAGCGGCUGGAACGGUCGCGCAAGAUUUCCGACCUGCCGCAGCCGUGCCUCGGGGAGCUGAGCUUCGGCAUAGCGCUCGACGGUGUACUCGUUGUCGAUGGGCCGAUGUCGCUCGAGAAACUCGCGCUGGCCAUGACCACCACUAAGGUGAUCGUCCAUGGUGGUCUGUACGAGUUCAUCAAGGACGCGCAGGCGCACAAGCAGCGGCAACGAUCGGGCAGCGUGCGGCAAGCACCGGAACGGAACCCACCGGCAGUCACCCCGGGUGGGUUGUCGUUCAACGAAAUUUACCAACGGUUGGCCCCGAUCGUGCCGAAAAAUUUCUGCGCCAAAAUCGAAAACACCACCAUCAGUGCGGUGCGCGAGAACUCGUCGAAUGAUUUCUCGGCCACGCUCCAAACGUUUGCCAUCUCGAGCAAGUUUAGCACCAACCGUGCCGCGUUACCGGAUGACGAACCGCAGCUGCCCCUGGUCUACGUGGGAAUGCAACUGCAGCAGCUGGAGAUUGACACCCGGCACGAGAAGCUGCUGAACCUGCAGCAGUUCAACAUCGACUCGAAGCUCGAGGGCAACCUGGUGAACGUGUACUCGAAGCUGUCCUCGUUCGUGCUGAUCUACAACCAUCGGGAAAUCUACGGUUGGAUUAGUAAGAACUUCUUUUCCGGCGACCCGUCCACCGGGGUCUGUCCGGGGCUCAAUCCGAAGAGUCUGAUAGCGGGUCAUCGCGAACGAUCGCGGCGGGGCAGUUUGCUGGGCAAACACACGGCCACCGGUGGUGGCACGGGCACGGGACCAGGAAUGCUCGAGCAGUUCCUGAAGCGGAUCAUCGUGAAGGGAUGCGCGGAGCUGUGGGACGUGACGACGAUGUUCAAGUUUGGCCCGUCCCAGGUAUCGUCGAUCUGCUGCAACCAUGCGAAACUGUUGCUCGAUCAGUUUGCUGAGCGGCGCAGCAAGGUCUAUCAGAGUCGGGCCCUCAACUUGCUGCUUGAUCGCCGUCACUGGAGCGCCGAGCUGCUGAUCGAGUCCGUCUGGUGGUCGCUGAGCUCGAACAUGUCGCACAAGGAGAGCGCCCAGAGCCUGAAGAAGAGCCACAUCCGGGGCAGCCCCUUCUACAUCGCCAUGAGCCUCUGCAAGCUGAGCAGUUACGGUGACACGACGAAGCUGGACUUUUCCGUGCACACGUUCCGGUUGGAGUACAGUCCGGCUUUGGCCGACUAUUUGGUGCACGCCAAGCGGUGCCUCGAGCAGUAUCGCUCACCAGCAACGGCGGAAGCGCCAGUGGCGGCAGGCCAAGCCAAGCCAGGCGUGGCAACGGGCGGUCGCGAACGGGGCGCAACCGGUUCGGCUAGCUUCCCUCUGGCCGAUCUGCUGAUCAGUGCGCGCGUAACGGACGUUUCCGGGUUCUUUUUCAAUCAGUACGAAACGUGCAUGUUGGCCAAUCUGAGCGAGCUGACGGUGGGCAAGGCGGCGAGUAAAAACUUUGUCCGCCUGGACAGCUUCCAGAUGGAGAUACUGGACUUCCGGCACAUCUCCGGCUGCGACUAUGGGUCGGCCGAGUUACAGAACGUGUUCGCGAACGUAAAGGGUGUGCGCGUGGAACACGUUGACGUCGGUGGGGUGCCGAAGGUGGACGUGCGGCUGCUCGAGGAUGCGGUCGUCAUGUGGAACGCCAACCUGCACAUGCACAUCGUCACGCUGCUGCAGGAAAUGCAGCGCUUGCGGGCGGAUCUGAAGACGAAACCGAUGCCCGAGCCUCCGCUCGAACUGCCACCACCGGAAGCGGAUCCGGGCGCACGCGGAUCGCUACUCCGCUCGAUCAUGCUCGAUCUGUACGCGGAGGGAAGCGUUGAGUUUGGGAUCAAAAUCAGCGACCGACACUCGAUGCAGGUGUUCGGGGAGAAUGCGUACGUGAACCGGAAGGGCCAGUGGUUGCUGUCGAUCGAGAACAUCAUCAUCAAGAUCGACGAUCAGCACAUUUUCACGUUCAAGGACGUGGACGUGCAGACACUCGAUCGGGCGGAGAUACUGUGCCAGGAGCGGCAAAAUUACGAGCACUUCCAGCUCGAUUCGAACCGCGUCUGGGCUACGACGAUCGGUGGCGUGAAGGUGAUCUUUCCGUACGAGCACGACUUUUACGGUGCGAUCGUGAACGAGUUUGUGUCGAUCUACAAGUGGCUGAAGGUGGUGCACAACUACAAAAAGAAACCGUUCACCGUCGAUUCGCCGCUGCCGAGUGACAUGAUCAUUCAGAUCAAAGAGUUUUUGCUCGAAAUGAGCGACGAUCCGUUCGAGGUGAAGCUGCGCGAAAACUACGUUCUGCUGCUGGACGAGUACCACGAGAGCGUCAAGCGGAAGGAGCUGUUCGAUCAGAAGAUCGAGCAGCUCUGCUCGGAACGGUUGAUUCUGCCGCCGGGCACACUGGAGGAGCUGAACGCGAACUUGAUCAAGAAGAACUCGGAGAUCUAUAUUCAGCGCUCGAAAAAGAUCUCUGAAGCCGGACCACCGCGGACGCGGCUGAUCGCGUGGAUCAUGACCGAUCUGGAGAUUAUGGCGAUGGCCGAUCCGUCACUUAACGGUGCGACCAACGCGGUGCGCAUGCUGCGGGCACUCGAUCCGGAGAGUCCGUGGCCGGACGAGGGUAUCGAGUUCGUGACGCUCUGGUGCCGUGCGGUCAACAUUGGGUGCACCGAGUGGAAGUUCAUGCUGCGCGACUAUCCGCAGCCAAUGUUUCACGUGAAGAUGAUGCACCUGUUUGGGACGCUGGCCGGAGCCGAAAUGGCUCCGCCGAGACGCGCCAAGCGCGACGUGGAGAUUGAGGUCGGUGAACCGUUCGGGACGCACACGGUGCAGCGCAGCAUGACGUCGAUCAAGUUCUAUCACGAUUUCAACUGGGAGCUCGACUAUCUGGCGUACGCGUUCGGCCCUUGCUGGGAGCCGGUGAUGGCGCAGUGUAAUCUGAUGAUGGAGAAGAUUUCGGCCCCAUCGCGUGACCCGAGUCCGCCGCUGCCAUUCUGGGACAAGAUGCGCCUGCUGAUGCACGGUCAGCUGUCGAUCAUUGCGAAGCAGUUUACGAUCUUGCUGCACGCGUCGCUCGAUCCGUACAACACGACCGAGGAGAUGGAACUGACGUUCAACAACUGCGGCAUCCUGUACUCGAACGCCCGGCUGAUGUUCAAGGGCGAUCUAAACAUUUACGUGCGCACCGCGUCCCGGUACGACGAUUGCCGGUUGCUGCAUCUGCCCAGCCUGAAGCUAACGUUCAAGCUGAACUGGGUGUGUUUGGCGAACCCGAACGAUCACCACGCGGUGGUGCCGUGCGCGCCGGACAAGCUGCCCGAGUACAGUAGCAACCAGGUGCACGAUUCGUUCCGGGCGUUCCGCUCGCAGCACCUCAACAUUUGGGUCUCGUUCGAGAUCAAGCAGCCGGCGUCCGAGAUCGACAUUCCCAACCUGGUGCUGUACGGGAGCACGCUCCGGUGGUUCGAGAGCCUCAAGCUGAUCUUGUCCGGCGUCACGCGGCCAACCCGCCGCGGGCCGGUGUUUAACAAUGUGCGGCCCCGUAAGAAGCAGCUUAGUCGCCACUACCGGAAGGCGAACCUCCAGAUGAGCCUGCACCGGUUCCAGAUUUUCUACUGGAUGUCGCACGCCCUGAAUCGGGGCUUUCAGCUGAGUGGCGGUCGCAUCACGUUCAGCUCGGAACACACGCUGGGUUUGCAACCGAUCGACGAUGGGUUGAUUCAUCGGCCACGAGCCGAUUGGUCGGUGAUGUACAUGAACUGUGAGCUGAACGAUGCGGAGAUUUGGCUGCGCACCGCACAGGCCACGAACGGGCCGGAACAGCAGCGCACGGAUUCGGAGAGCUCGGAAAACAUAUCGAACGCCAGCGGGGACAUCUACCGGUAUUACUUUCUGAGCGUGGAGAAGGUUUCGUACGGCCGGGAGGCGCUCCUGUCGACGAACGGGAACGAGCGCGAGAAGGACACUCCGACACACAAGCUGGUCGUGUACGAUCUAAAGGGCGCCUGGACGAAGGACAACCGGGACGUGGCCUUCGCACUGUUCGAUUCGCUCGUCAAGAGUCAGAAACUGAAGAACAACCUUUCGACCGAGGCUCUCAAGUGCAUCCGGAAGGAGACCACCGGAACGCCGCUGAAGGUAAAUCCGGGUGCCGGGGGUGCCGGUGCAGGAGCCGGCGCUGGGACCGGUGCCGUUGCGGGGCGAUCCGGUGCGGUGGUAGGUAAGGCGCAGCAAUCGAGCGACAGUCUCGCGAUGCUGCAGCAACUGAUCCAAGAAGCGGACCACAAGCCGCUGGUGUACAGUGACGAUCAGUCGGCACAGACCCGCCAGCAGCAGCUGAAGGGGCUGCAGGCGUACCAGGAGGGCGACGUGCUGCACUACAACUGGGCCAUCUCGCUGGUCAACUCGCAGGUGCUGCUGAAGGGCUGCGAAACGUCCGGCUACGUGAUACUGAGUGCGGCAAAGGCGGAAAUUUUGCAGCGAGUCCAUCGGCCGGUGUGGCGCGAUCACACGAUCGUCUCCAAGACGACGUGGGUUGGGUCGCUGGAGUGCAUGCAGUACUACGCCACGGUCAGUGCGAACGAUGGGGGCAACGCGCACGAGAUGGCCGAGAUCAUGUGGCUGACGGUGGACAACAUUCAGGAGAAGGAUCGCGAGGCCACGGUGAUCAGUGCGCUGCCCGACCUGCCGACCCUCGUCGGGAGUGGCCAGAGCGUCGGCGGCGUGGUCUCGGAGACGGUCGGAGUGCUGGGUGAGAGCAGCUACAGUCGCGGCCAGAAGCCACCGAUUCAGCUGCAGCGCAUCGUGUCGCGGUGCAAGUGUGAGUUCUUCUACGUGAGCUACGGUGAGACGAGCAUUGAUCCGGGCACGAUCGGGGAGGUGCCGCCGCCGCCGGUAGAGGAAACGCUGGGUCCGUGGGAGAACCAGGACGAACCGGUCGAUGCGUUCACGCUGAUGCACCACGAUCUGGACGUGUGCACCAACUCGCUGCAGUACGCGAUGAUUCUGGACAUCGUGAACAAUCUGCUGCUGUACGUGGAACCGCAGCGGAAGGAGGCGCUGGAGCAGCUGGCCCGGAUGCGGUUCCAGCUGCAGCUGUACAGUAGCGAGGACCAGAAGCGCCCCAUCCAGCACCUGCAGACGGAAAUCCGGAGCCUAAUGUCGCGGAUCCGCUGCCUGGAGAAGGACAUCCACUUCAUCACGAAGGCCCGGCUCGAGGAGGGUGACUCGGAGGAGCUGCGGACCGAGUACGAGGCGGUGCACCACAUGAUCCUGCACUUUAAGGAGCUGCUGACGACGAAGAGCGACGAGCUGGACAUGAUGCUGUCGUGCUACAACGAGGCCCAGCUGUCGGCCUCGAACCGGUUGGCCACCUUCCGGAAGGAUAAACCGGUUACGAUCGUGCGGGCGAACGAGAUCUGCUUCAAGCACGCCCAGUGGCGGCUGACGGAAGCCGACGGCCAGAUUGGCAUCGCGGACCUGAUCCUCAGCAGUUUUCUGUACACGAAGAACUCCAAGAGUGACGACUCCGUGGACCACCUGUUGGAGCUGGGCUACAUACGGAUCAACAAUCUGAUCCCGCGGGACAACUACACCGAGGUGCUGUACCCGACCGAGAUCCAGCGCUACAUGCCGAUCGACCACAAGCGCGUGCUGCGCGUGUUUUGCCGCGAGAAACCGCCCGUCGGGGGCAUUUCCGUGAAGGAGCACUUCGAGAUCAACGUGGUGCCGAUCACGAUACAGAUCUCGAAGAAGUUCUACAACACGAUGCUAAAGUUCUGCUUCCCCGAUCGGGACGAGGUAGACGCGGUGGACGAGCUGGACGAUGGGACGGCCAGCACCAGCUCGUCGUCGAGUGCGUCGGUAGCGUCGGCCGGUGGCUCGAAGGGAGCCGCGGGCGGUGGCAAGAAGACCUCGAAGGACAGCAACUUUUACGUGCGCAUCCAGGACGAUGUGGAGAAGAUGAAGGAACGGGCGGAGAAGAAUAAGCUGUUUAUCUACAUCAAGAUACCGGAGGUGCCGGUGCGCGUCAGCUACAAGGGCAACAAGGAGAAGAACUUCGAGGACAUCACGGACCUGUCGCUGCUGAUACCGACGCUCGAGUAUCACAACGUCACGUGGACGUGGCUCGAUCUGCUGUUGGCAAUGAAAUCGGACAGCCGGCGUGUGCUCCUCUCGCAGGCCAUCAAGCAGAAACUGAAACUAAAGAAAGCACUAGUCGAUGAACAACCCACCCCGCAGGAGGAGGACAAGGCCAAGAUGCUGUUCGGCAAUCGGCAUGCGCGUGCUCGUAACAAGCCGGAAAACAAAAGCCUUCGGAAGGGAGUGUUUAAGUUCUCCAAAUCCUAAUGCAUCACAGGCCAACGGACGGCGGCGUCAGGGUUACCCAAAGAAGACCACGCGCAACGCAUCGGUCGCAAGAAGUACACAGUGACAAACCCCUAUUUAUCCCACGUCUUCGGUGUGCGCUCUAAGUAGGCUAGGACGAAACGCUUUUUCGUAGCAAAAAACCAAAAUGGCGACCAUUCUAUUAACCUAGCUUUUGUGCGAAUGGCAGCGUUAAAAUGGUGGAAGGGCUUAUAUUAGUAUUUAUAGGGACCGUUAUAGCUAGCGACAGUGAGCAUUUUAAUUUAUGUCCACGGAUUUGUGUGUAUUUUGAUAAAAGUAUUAGCGUUUGCGUUAGAUUGUGCUUUGUUACCGAUGCCUCCCGAGCAUACCA